AUGAGCAUCAAAACAGAAGAGUCCCGUGUUCCAGACACAAACGGGAGCUUUGCAGAGACGUGCACGAAACUCCACCGCGAUAUGCUGGCAAGGGGCCAGUCUUCCUACACCCAGGAGGAGCUGCUGGAGAUCAGCAAAAUGGACUCGAAUCAGGAACUGAUGAAAUGCGUGCAAGAGCUGCUUAAUAGAGGAAUAGUGCGAUUGCUGGAGAGCAAAGACCGUAAAGUGCUGUUUCAGCCAAUAACGGAGGCCGAAGCUGUGAAAAUCAACAACAUGUCCAGCGACGAAGCAAUGGUGUACUCCUACAUCGAGGCAGCUGGACGGGAAGGCAUAUGGACGAAAACGAUCAAGGCGAAAACUAAUCUCCAUCAGCAUGUGGUUCAGAGGUGCCUUAAGUCUCUGGAAAGCCAGUCGUACAUUAAAUCCGUGAAAUCGGUCAAAUACCCGCAACGAAAGAUAUACAUGCUAUACCAUUUGACUCCUUCCAUUGAGGUGACUGGAGGCCCCUGGUUUACUGAUAGCGAGCUCGACUCAGAUUUUAUCGACUCACUGCUGAUUGUCAUUUGGCGAUUCGUGGCAUCGAAAUCGUACCCUAAAUGCUUUAAGAAAGGAGGGAUGGAUGUCGAACAGUAUUCGUAUCCUGUUUCGAACAACCAUAAUCUACCUUCGCUUGAAGAGAUAAGCCGUUUUAUUGGAUCGAGUGGCGUCACAUCGGUGGAACUCAGCCUCUCGGAUAUAAGGUCAUUGUGCUCUGUGCUGGAGUACGAGGAAAAAUUAGUGCAAGUGGACAAUCUGUACAAAGCAACAUGGCAAAGCGUUUUGGAAGCUGGAGGUGGACGUUACAGAGGUGUCGACGUGUUUGCUCCUCAACACAACCAGAUUUUCUCGAUCAGUGACACUUAUAGAGUCAUGAAUCCUCUGGGCGAUGCGGAGGAAAGCAAGGGAGACACGCUGUUCUUGGACUCAUGGAUGAGCACAUAA